ACUGUACCUUCUCUCACUUUAACCACUUACUAACAGAAUAUAAGCAUGGUCCGAGUUCUCCUCCUUGGUGGUCAUGGAAAAGUCGCCCUCCAUAUGACCAAACUCCUUGCGGCUCACAAUCACAAAAUCAGUUCUGUCAUUCGCAAUCCAGACCAUGCCAUAGAAAUCUCUGAUCAAUAUCCUGAAAAUCCUUCCCUUAUUGAGCCAGUUGUAGCUUCUAUCGAGGAAACCGACGAGGAAGGAGCAAAAGAGUUGAUGAAAGGUGUUGAAUGGGUUAUUUGGUCUGCAGGUGCUGGAGGUAAAGGAGGUCCCGAGCGUACAAAAGCCGUAGACGAGAUUGCGGCCAAGCGCUUCAUCAAAGCCGCUCUACUCGCUCCUUCUGUUACGAAAUUCCUCAUGGUCUCUGCCAGUUCUAGUCGUCGUUCUCCUGCCUCGUACUGGACAGACUCUGACAGAGUCGCUUUCAAGAAAACCUGGGAUUCCAUCGGAGUCUACUCGGAAGCGAAAACCGUCGCGGAUGAAUAUCUCUACGAUGAAAGUAGGAAGAGUUCGAAACCCAUUUGGGUCGAUAUAUGUUUACGUCCGGGAUCGCUUUCGGAUAGUCACGGAACAGGGAAAGUUGAUCUUGGUAAGGCUAAGCUAGUUGGAAGUGUUCCGAGGGAGGAUGUUGCUGCGGUCGCUGUGGAGCUGUUGGAGAAGGAGACUGGAGGUGGGCUAUGGGUUGAUCUCAUAGGUGGGUCAGAGCCCAUUAGCUCAGCAGUGGAACGAGUAGUAUCUCAGCGAAUCACGUCGAGGGAGUAAUUUCUGGAUGUUGAAGAGAAGUCUUGAGAAAUGUAUGAUAAUGUAGGAACCUUGAAAUGAAUGUUCAUUAAUGCUUGCCGCCUUGCACGGAAUGAUCACAGGGACUUGGGCAUUGAUAUAUGCAUGUAUGUGCUACUUACAUUGAUUGUAUCUCAAUACCCCACGUCAAGCGAGCCGGAGUGGAAGGGUUUGGGUAUCGGUUUAUGAAUCCGGAACAUACAAGAUUUUAAUAGUAUCUAAAAGACCCCCUAUGGAUGCUCUGUAGGGCUUGAA